AUGCAAAGUAAUUACAUUAUUAAGAUGGAUAGAUUAUAAACUAAUAACUAAGAAGGGAGAAGGCACAUUUUCAGAAGUUAUAAAGGCUUAGUCUAUAAAAACAAGUUAGUUAGUUGCUAUAAAAUGCAUGAAACAAGUUUUUUAAACAAUUGAUCAAGUAUUUAAUUAUUUCUAAUUUUUGGUUAACAAAUUGAAGGAAAUUCAAGCAUUAAGAAAGUUAUAAAAUCAUGAUCAUAUAAUAAAAUUAAUAGAAGUGUUAUAGUAAUAAUUAAUUAAUAAUAUAUUUAGUGAUGAACCCACUGGGAGAUUAGCUUUAGUAUUCGAAUUAAUGGAAUAAAACCUUUAUGAACAUAUUAAGGGUAUGAAUCUUAUAUAAUUAAAUAGGUCGAAAAGUAUCAUUAAAAUAAGACAAAAUAAGAAGUUAUAUGUAUUAAUUGCUCAAAGCAAUAGAUUUUAUGCAUACAAACAAUAUAUUUCAUAGAGAUAUUAAACCGUAAUACUAUUUUCAAUAUUUAGUGAGAAUAUUUUACUUUUAAAUGAUCAUCUAAAAUUAGCAGACCUAGGAUCUUGUAAAGGCAUAUAUUCUAAACAUCCAUAUACAGAAUAUAUAUCUACAAGAUGGUAUAGAUCACCUGAAUGUUUAAUGACAGAUGGUUAUUAUGAUAGUAAAAUGGAUAUUUGGGGAGCAGGAUGUGUAUUAUUUGAAAUUACUGCAUUAUUUCCUUUGUUUCCUGGAAGCAAUGAGUUAGAUUAAGUUCAUAGGAUACAUAACAUUUUAGGCACUCCAAAUCCUAAGGUGCUUGAUAGAUUUAGGAAACAUGCAUCACAUAUGGAAAUUAAUUUCCCUUCUAAAGUUGGAACUGGUUUAGAAAAUCUAAUUCCACAUGCUCCUAAAGAUUUAGUUGAUUUAAUAAAACAAAUGUUAAUUUAUGAUCCAGAAGAGAGAAUCAAUGCAAAAUAAGCACUUAGACAUCCAUAUUUUAAAGAAUUAAGAGAUUAAGAAUAACAGAAACUAUUAGAAACAAGUCUAUAAUCAAUCAAAUUACUUAAAAAACAGUAUUUAUUAUUAUUAAUUAAAAUAGUGGUGAUGAUUCCCUUAUUGAAGAAGAAUAAAAUACAUCUCACAUAUUACAUAAAAAAACUUUGUUCAAUCAAACAAAUAAAAUAUUACAAAACUCUUUUAAAACUAGAAAUUAAUAGCUUUUAGAUUCAGUCAAAUUACCUACACUUACAAAAAAAUAAGCAGAUUUGAAAAAAGCUUAUGGACCUGGUCAUUUUUAAAGUAUUAUGAAUUCUAUUUAAUAGAUAAAGAAACAAAAAAAAAGUCAGUAUAAUAUGAAUAUGUUUUAUAUGGUAAAAAAGCAAAUCUAGGUAAUUUUUUAAAUACUAUCAGACAAAAAUGA